AUGCCGAGUUCAAAACGAAAGUUAAAAACUCAAUUGACCUCAUGUAAGAAGGAUUCCAAAAAGAAACUAAAUCUUAUUGAAAACAUUAGAGGCACGCUUGAACAAUUUAUUAAAAAUAAUAAAAAUGAAUCCACUUUUGUCUAUAUAAUUGCCCUAAAUGACCAAAGGAACUCGCCACUUAAAACUCUGCGUUCAAUACUCUUGCCAGGAAGGGUGUUUUACGGAAAAAACAAAGUAAUGCGCAUCGCACUCGGCACCAAACCUGAAGAUGAGAUUUUUGAGAAUUUGCACAAAAUCUCAGAAAAUUUAUUUGGCGAAUCUGCGAUCCUAAUCACAUCUGAAAUGCCAGAUGUGGUCAUGGAGAAGGUGAACGGAUUUAAAGUGAGAGAUUUUAUAAAGUGUGAUAAAUUAGCCAAAGAAACAAUCGUAUUAAAGGAAGGAGGUGACGACUUUAAAGACAUACCAGGCAGCAUGGAGCCACAAUUUAGGAAAUUGGGAGUGCCAACAGCUUUAAAUAUGGGAAAAAUUGUUUUAAUGGGCGAUUUUGUAGUUUGUGAAAAGAAUAAAAGGCUUUCCGCCAACCAAUCGCAGAUACUGAAACUACUCGGUAUUAGAAUGUCGUUAUUUAGUGCCACCGUAAAAGGAUUCUGGAACGAUGGACACUAUAAAGAACUGACUCCCAAUACACACCAACAAUAA